GCUUGAAGCAAUGGGAACAACCAAUGUCUGUGUCGUGACAGCAUUUCGUAUUCCGCUCGAGGUCAGCGGAGUACAUUCACAUUCAUGACGUCUUGCACUCACCACGAGUGAGUACACAUGGACAAGCUGACAUCUGUGCAAUCGAUCGUGAGAGACAAGUCGCGACAAUCCUCAUCCUCACACGCGUGAGCAUACAUACGUACAUAGUCCGUCCUUCGUUCCUAUUGUACAUGAAAAUGCACCUAUCUAUUUGCGUGUACACGCAGAAAAAAGGCCUUCCCUUCUCAUGACUGCAAAAACACCGCCAACCGCUGCCCAAACCGCUCAGCAGCCUACACACACCAAACCACACCACAGGCCAGUCGCGUGCACACAUGCGUACUUCCAUCAUAGACAGACAUGGGUGGUAUUGCUCACCGAGAAGAGCGACUUGGUGGUUGUUAUAUCACUGUUCCCCUGCUGCUGUAGACUAAGUGCCGCCUGCUGCUCGCGCAGCUCACUGAUGGCUUCAUCAGUGGCCGCCUGACGCUCGUGGAUGUCAGCCAUCUCUCUCUUUCGAGCGAUGUCCUGCGCAAGAGCCAACUGCUCAUUCUACACACACACACACACACACACAGAGAGAGAGAGAGAGAAUCUUGCAAUGCACAUGUGUGUGUCUGUGGUUCUGAGUGUGCGUACGUGCAUGCGAAGCCACUCGACGAUUCUCUCCUCCCUCUCGCGUGCCGCCUUUGCGCUUCGCAUCUUUAUCCGCCGAUAAACCUGCAAACCAGUCAGUUACAGAACAAGAGUGAGGAGGGCCGCCUCCUGAUGUGCUCCCUGGGUGACUCACGUGAUAGAAGAGGAGCACUGCGGCAGCGAGCAGAGAGGCGAGAAGCACAGCCACGCCCCGCCAGAGGGCCAUUUGCUCGUGAAGCGUGUGUACCUUAGUCGUGAUUUUGUCCGCGAGAUGCUCAAACCGCACAACAGCUGCAUCCAUCUUGGUACGUACCCUCAACAGAUACGUACACCUUCCUUUGCCUCUUCGCC